UUGAAAAUCUUAGCAUGUAGAAAAAUAACAUUCGCCUUUUUGACGCUACAUGUGUUAUUUUCCUAUUAACUAUAGACUAUGGUCAACACUGAAGAAACAACCACCAUGGCUGCCAGCUGGAACGAAGUGUUUGAAAGAAGCCGGGUGGUUCCUCCGCCCUGCCAGACAGUGCGGCUGGCUGUGGAGAGCCACCUCACCGAGUCCCACGGCUUCCAGCUCAGCCUCAGCCGGCUCACUGCUGCUCACCUCUCGCAGGAGAAGUCAGAGGGGGAACAAGAUGUGACCUACCAGUUGCGAGUGACCCUUUUUGAUAGAAACCAUCAGCAAUUCUUUGGGAAAACUUGGAAGAGCUCACCCCAGAAGAUGAAAACUACCAAAAUCUCCUUCAACGAGGUACCUGCGCUCACAGAUGCUGCCUCAUUAGUCGUCUGCUCAUCCACACAAGUGAACAAACACUGCUGUCAGCUCAACGCCAUUAUAGGUUUAACAUUCACCAUCGACAGGUUCAGCAGCCCCGCUAAGAUCCAGCGCCAGUUUGUUAACAGCAAAUACAUAAAACCUGUGAGAAGCCCAGUGAAUUUUAAAUAG